AUGUCAACAUCAGUCAUCACGCAGUUCACAUUCAGCACAGGUGAAGGUUGAAAAUUGAAACCAAGGAAGACAUGUGUCAUUAUACCUUUGAUUUGAUCUAGUUUGUGAGCCAAAAAAAUAAUCUUUAAACUUUUAAAAUCCGAACCAUCCACGAAAGAGAUCAUCUGCACUGGAAUCAUUCGUUACAAAUUACCAGAAGGUUAGUGAUAUUGUUACGUUACAUUACGUCAUGUUGUGUAUUGUUUGUUGUUUUGUAUUGUUUUCCCCAAAAGUUCGUUUCACAAAUUAUAAAUUGACCGAAAAAGUUUCUCAUCUGGCCGUAGACUCGUGCCCCAAGUUCAGGUUGCAUGUUCCAUGUUUGCAUUUACAUUGCUUCGAUCCCUCUAAGCCUCAUUCAGGGCUUUUAAUGAUUAACAGUAGACGCCUUAACCACUAGGCUUGGCCGUCCAUGUUAACUUGAUUUUGAGAAACGAUUUAUCUUUCGUCCACAAUGCAGUUAGUAUUAUAGAAGCUUUUUGAAUAUCGCUAGGUCCUUUCGAUCAUCCUUUAUUAAAUUAACUUGCCACUUUGUACAUUUUUAGUAGUCUAGUUUUUUUAAAUAUGGAUUGCACGUACUAACAUUCUUUAAGAUGAAAAAAACCCGUUUCCGCAGAAAAUCUCCUCAGCACCCUCCCCUUGAAAAAUAGGUUUAUAAUUUCCAGCACGAAUCCAUAAUUUUUUGUGUGUCCUAUGGGGUAACCCGUCCAUAACCAAUCGUGCUCAGCCACAAGGUAUCAUACAAAUAAAGCUAAAUGUAUAAAAUUCAAACAAUAUCAUUCAGUUUAUGGUUGUGUAAUCCGUUCAUUUCGCAAAAAAAAAUAAAUUUUGCCAUAGCACACAUUAGUUAAUUAAAUUAAAGCACAGGUAUAACAGCCGCAACAGGUGCCACAUAAAGAAGAAAAUUAACAUUGUAGUUUGAGAAUGGUGGCUAUGCAUGGUAACCUUGGCGAGGAAGAGGUGAUUACGGCAAACGCCUCAGUCCAUACAAAAAUAACGGGUCCAUCAAUCAUCUCACGGGUGCUGCUAUAACAACGACGGAAGCCACGUAGACACAAAGCAAGUGGCUUUAAUGGAGCGCAGCUGGCUGUUAACCUAACUCUUUCCGAAAUAGUUGUUUCUCAUUCAUUUGAUUCAAUUUGAUUCACGUGAAAGCUAUGGUGGUUUAUUCCAAGCUCUAUAAGAAAAUGUCUAGAUCUUCAUCAGUCAUUCGUUAUGGCUUAUUGCUACUAUUAACAAUGCAGAAUACAGCGACAGUGCUCUGUUUACGGGCUUCGAUGAUCAACGCGUCUACAUCAAGAAAUAAGUACGUCGUAUCAACAUUGGUACUUACUAUGGAAGUAAUAAAACUCUUGCUGAUUCUCACUAUCCUCAUGACGGUGCAGCUGAAAUUUUCCAUACGAAAAACAGUCCAGCUGCUCUAUAACGAAAUAGUAUGCCGACCACUUGACACCAUUCCCUUGGCAUUGCCAAGCUUGUUGUAUGUCGUGCAAGACAAUUUGAUUAUUUAUUCACUAUCAUGUCUCGACGCAGCCACUUACCAAGUCACUUAUCAAGCAAGAAUCUUGACGACCGCGUUGUUUGCAAGGGGAUUGUUAAAACAAGAAUUGCCAGUUAAAAAAUGGCUUUCUCUCUUCUUAUUAAUGCUCGGGGUAAUUUUGACACAGCUUAAUUUCAAUGAAGAAAGUGGUGAUUUCAGUUUCCGUUCCCAAAGAGAAGGAUCGGUUUACGUCUUCGGACUUAUAGCGAUUAGCUGCGCUACGCUGACUAGCGGUUUUGCCGGAGUUUAUAACGAGAAACUCAUAAAAAAUGGAAAGCAAUCGUCUUUGUUAAUAAGAAGCCUUCAACUGAGCUUGUUUUCUGUUUUCUUCGCCUGUUUAGGCGUUUUAGUGAAAGAUGGUGGUACUGUUACCAAACAAGGCUAUUUUCAUGGAUAUAGUCCUUUUGUGUGGUUAAUAGCAACUAUGCAGGCAUCCGGAGGAAUAAUAGUUGCUGGCACUAUAAAGUAUGCAGAUAAUAUUUUAAAAACAUUUGCCACUUCGAAUUCAAUUGUUUUAUCUUGUAUUCUAUCUUAUAUCAUACUGGAUGAUUUUAAUCUAACACCGACAUUUAUUGUCGGAACUUUGUUCAUCCUAUUAGCUACGUUUUUGUAUACGACUGCCAUCGACAAGCGAAGUCGAAAGCUAGAGUUAACAGUUUUGUCAGAGUCAUAAUCUAUGACUCUGUGCCAGGCCAGAGGGGGUAGGGAUCAACGAAAAUUUUAUAAAACCUUUAUUGAUAUAUAAAAAAAUAGUGUUGUCUCAUUCUAAUGUAGUCUGGAACACUAUUCAAAAAUACAAUUUCAUUGUGCAAAUAA